AUGAUCGUGAUCAGGUGGAGUUACCACAGAGCCAUCGAGUACUAUCUUGCCGAUCAUCUCAAACUCACUGGCUCAUCAACAAUCGAGACCGCUCAGAUCCUUCAGUACGCCUUGCUGCCUGGUGAUCUGUAUGCACCAUACUUCCAAGCAUACCUUGGCAAAGACGAGGCAGCUCUGAAGACGUUCUCCAGUGAGACCGCUCCAAAGGUGUUCAAGAAGCUUGAGACAUUGCUUGUCAAGGCUGGCGGUGUAUAUCUUGUGAACAACAAGUUGAGCUGGGCUGAUAUCAGUAUCUUCAAUCUUUUGGAUUUCUUCCAUCAACAGCCUGGCAACCUAGUGGCAGUUCUCGAGCCAUUCACAGCAUUACUUUCAUUCCACAAGAAGAUUGCAUCAAUCCCACAACUAGCUGAAUACUUAAAGACUAGACCAACUACUUUUAUCUAA